AUGACUUCCAAACUCUGGAACCUUAUCGACCUGCGGAAACCAAAACUCGCAUUAGCGUUGUGCAAACGCUUCCCGAAAACCGAACUUCGCGUCACAUACGUGUCCCGCAAUCUUGCCGAUUUCGAGACUCUAGAACGGAUCAUCCUCCGAUACCCCUCUCGCAUCUCCGUACUCCACGUCAAAGGGAUAAAACCGAAAAUCGAUACGUUCAUGAGUCAGUUCCAGACUUGCGCGCCCGCCCUCACGAUACUUCACUUGACCCGAGAUACAACUGUACCUUGGGAUGCUGCACAUCAAAAUUCCUUCUUCGAAUGCCUAACCGGCGUCGAUUGCUCGAAAUUGCGUUACCUCUGUAUGAGAGGUUUCUCCUCCCAUUCACUCUGGAUAUCCAGGUGGCUACGGUCGCUCGAACUGCGAGAUCUAGAGAUCUCUCAAAUGCACGAGAGCGACGACGAGCCUCUUGACGACGUACUCGAUGCCCUUGAGGCCUUACCUUUCCUUGAGCGGUUAUGCUUGAGUAGAGGCGGUUCAUAUGAACUUUUGACUGCGCCGUCAGUGCGUUCCUCCCGCAAGGUGCACUUGUGCCGCCUUCGUGAGCUCGAUCUGGCAGGACCUACUCGCAGUUGCGCCUCUCUCCUAAAGCAUUUGAAGAUCGCGGACUCGGCCAAACUCGAGGUGAAAUGCUGGUCGGAAUGCUCAGCCUAUUUUGCCGACAUUUGGCAAGAAACCCAACCAUACUGUCUCGGGCCUGUCGUCGCACUCGAUAUGCACAUCAGCGACGUCUCCCUGUGCUCUACUGGUCGGGCACGACGCGGCGGCCCCACUCUCGUGUUGGCGCUCGAUGGUGCGUCGCCUGAGGAAGGUGAUUCGAUCUUACAGCAACUGGGUUCUUGUCAACUCUUGAGCUCCAAUGCGACCAUAUUCGCACUGAACAAACGGGAAGGCACGUUGCGCCCACGGUCCUUGUCUUCUUUGCAAAAUAUUCUCGCCAACGCCGAGGGCCUCCAACAUCUCUCUCUGAAAGGUUUGGGCGCUGCCGAAUACGCUUUUCGAGCGUUGCACAACCUUCACGCCGCCGGCGACGGCUCUCAUAUUGCACUCCCGAACCUCGCCACGCUGCGAAUCAUCGACGCGGAACAUUCCUCGGGGCAGCUGUGGUUCGGUCUCUGUUGCGCGGAGCUGAUCCGGAGGCACGCUUUUGCGCUGCGACACGGAAAGGCCCCGUUGCAGAACGUGAAGAUAGCACACUGCUCCGGUUUGGAUAGGACGGCGUUGGGGUUGCUGGAGGAGCUGGCGACGAAGGUCGUCGUGGAUCCAUCACCGGACGACGAUGAUUCUGACACGUCUGACAACGUAUCUAUCCGUUCCGAUUACGCCGACGGGGAUAUGGAGCAGUCGGAUUAG